AGAGAAAAGGUGAAGUCGAAGCUUGAAAGUCAAAGGCUGUAUGAACCAUGGAGGUUGAAGAAUAUGAGGAGAGUUUGAAGUUUGAAGAGUUAGAGUCUUCAAGAGUAUUAGGGCAAGCAAGAAUAGGAAAGGUCGGGAGGUCUACUGUAUACCAAUCGCUUCAACUAUGUACAGAAGGUGUUACAAAAGUUGAGGUUGAUGCUAAUACAUUUGAAGAAAAGGAGGACUAUGGAGAAGAAAAAGAUUCAGAAUCCUUAGGAAAUAGUGAUAAUGUUGAGGAUGCAAGGAGGAGAUCUUUCUCCUUAGGAUCACAAGAGCAACACAAUUUUAAUCACCCACAGCUGUUUACUGAUAAUGACAUAGCUCUGGAUAUACAACAAACGAUUGAUCCAUUAAUGGAUUAUAAUUUUGCACCUGAUCAUGAGAACAAGGGCCCUUCAUCCUCGAUGAGGAAAAAAGGACGAAGUAGGAAUUUAAAAGGAAUACGCCCUCCGAAAAAUAGAGAGAGCAGGAAAUGGGUUAAACUCACUGAUGAUAAGCUCCAGUUUGCUGAUCCAAACAUCCCUCGGGCUAUCACUUCACUAUGGAAGUCACGUUUUGAUGGCCCGUAUUUCACAUACAAGCGUGUCCCCCAAAGCAAGAUUGCUGAAAUUUAUAAUUGUUUCAAGGAUCUUGCAGAUAAUCGCCAUGUGCGAGAUGCAUUCCUAAAUUGUAUGAAACAUAGAUGGAGUGACAAUCUCAAGGAUGAGAAGUUGAAAUGGGACAAGAACUCAGCCUAUGUCCCAUGUUGGAUCCCAACUCAUAUAUGGCCUCAGCUGCUGACAUAUUGGGACUUUGAUGAAUAUAAGAGGCUCAGUGCAAGGGGAGCAAAGAAUAGAAGCUCUGGGGAAAGGGUGACUCACACCACUAGGUCCAUUAGCUUUGGCAUCCAUGAGAUACAGAUGUGCACAGAUAGUCAUGGCUCUAAUGCUAGUUCGUGGCCAUGCAUGGAUAACGAGGCAUGGGUUAAGGCUGUUGGAGGUUGCUCAUCUAAUUUCAUGCCAGGGAUUGGCUCUCAAGUAAAUCCAGAGAUGGUUGGUUUUACUUACAAGAAGAGACAACCCCGAGAAAACUUAAUAGCAGCAUUGAUGGCAUUUGACUAUAAGGAGACACAGCCGUCACAUGGUCCUGGCUCAGGUCUUCGCAUGAAUUCAGCUUUCACCUACUCCACUGAUUCUACACAAACCUCUCCUAUGGUCCCUGAAUAUCAGCAGCAGCGGCAGUUUCCGUCUCAAGAUGAUGAUGCAUACCAUCCUACUUUUGAUCCAGACUAUCAAGAAAAUGGCAUGAAAAUGAAAUAUGGAAAGUAACUUAGGCAAAAUGGACGAAAUCUGGAGAGGAAGUUGGUGAAUCGUUACCGGCCAUACUAGGAACGUACUUCUAGUCGGUAAAUUCAUUUUCCAACUUGUAUCUUGUCGGUAAAGUGGCCAAAAAUAUGCCGACAGGAAGCUGGUCGGUAAUUUGGGCGCGGAUUGCAAAAUUUUGAUUCUCACUCUCGGUCACUUACCAAUGUUAUCUUUGUCGGUGAAAAUAACACCGACUAACAACACAUGGGUAAGUUGACAUAUAUAUACCCCCACAACUCUACCUGGCUUAUUUCUUCUUGUCUUCCUUCUUCUUCUUCUUCUUCUUCUUCUUUUUCUUCUCCUCCGGCUAUUGCCUCCUCUUUUUCUUCCAUUCAAUGCUGCUGGAUUAAUUGUUUAU